AUGGAUUCGCUGCAAGAGCUUUCGCAGAGCGUGUUACAGCUGACCGCUCAGAUGAGCACCCUCGCAGCACCUAGCCAGAGUGCUAGCGCUACCACUCGACCGUCCCGCUAUAAUUCCGACAAAGCUAAAAUAGCAUUUUGUGUGAAUUUGUUACGGGGAAGAGCAGCUCAGUGGGCCACUUCCCUAUGGAAAAAACAGUCGUCCAUUUUAACACAUCACAACCCCACUGAGCCUGGCCACUGUGACUCGAGGGAGCCGCUUCCUGGAGGGCGUUCCAGGAGGAGGCGUGGCUCCCGGUGGCGUCAUGCCUUGCCGCUCCCCAGCGCCAAAACCUCGCCGCUGCCGAACGUCGCGGAGGUCCCGCCGCUCCCACCACACCGGUCCUGCAUCCUGGCCAUCCCCGGGCGGGUCGACGCUGCCACCGAGCCGGUUCCUGCUCCUGUUCCUGGGCUGGUUGACGCUGCCACCGAGCCGGUUCCUGUUCCCGGGUGGGUCGCCACCGCCACUGACCCUGUUCCUGUUCCCGGACGAGUCAAUGCUGCCACCGAGCCGGUUCCAGUUCCUGUUGCCGGACGAGUCGAUACCGUCACUGAGCCGGUUCCUGCUCCUGUUCCUGGACGGGUCGACGCCGCCACCGAGCCGGUUCCAGUUCCUGGACAGGUCAACGCCGCCACCAAGCCGAUUCCUGAUCCUGUUCCUGUCCUCCAGCGGAUCAACACCGCCUCUGUUCCUGUUCUUGAGUGGGUUGACGCUGCCUCUGAUCCUGUUUCCCGGCGGGUCGAUGCCGCCUCUGAUCCUGUUCUCGAGCAGGUCGACACUGCCUUUGAUCCUGUUUCCGGGCGGGUCGACACCGCCUCUGAUCCUGUUUCCGAGUGGGCCGAUGCCGUCUCAAGAUGCUGGGACCUGCCAGAGUGGGAUGACAGUCCCGCUGGCAGAGAACAUUGCCCUGGCCUCUCAUGCUCCUGA